AUGGGGAAAUCACGGAAACGAAUAUCAAAGCAAACCCCAAAGAAGAAGCGGGAAUUAGGAGUCAAGCCAUUAUCUAGAUCUAAUUCGCUCAACCUUCCUAAAGAAUUUGCUGUACCAGUAUUAACUAAAGUUCAAUUUAGCACCAAGAACUUAAAAGAAAUUAUCGAUGAUUUAAGAGACUAUCUAAUAAAGAAAGCAAAGUCUAACAGAGUAAAUGGAUUACCCAGUAAAGCAACGCUAAAGUCAUUUAUAUGUAAAACUACUAAGCGAUAUCGAUAUCGCAAUAGCCCUUUUAUAGUUAAGAAGGCAUAUAUUAAGAAAUUUAAUUUGACUGUGAAGGAAAUGCCAAAAAAGUUAGUGUCUGCUCAUCAAGACUAUUUACGAAAGCAAAGAAAAUCUAUUAACGAUUCAGCAAAGAGAAAAGCUAAUUCAGAACCUGGUAAAAAAUCUAAAAAGAUUAAAACUAAGAAUGCCACGAAAUCGCGCAGUAAACAAAUGUCAGGAAGUAAUAAAAACAAGAGGAAAGAUGAUAAGGCAAAGAAAAUAAAACGGUUGAAGUCUGGUAAGGAUGACGCAAAAAGUAAAGUCAAAAAAAAAAAGUCCAAUGGGAACAAGGAAAAGAAAGAAAAAAAUAAAAGAGAUAAAAGUAAAUCAAAAAUUAAAGAGAAGAAAGAUUUAACGAAUGGUUCACCUUUGUGCGAUUUGAUAGUACAUUGCAUUACUGUCGAUAUUCCUGAAUCCAUUCAAUACUUGGUAAAUAAUAAUUGCAAUAGAUUUUCGUUUUCAUUUUCUGCCUUCGAAGCGCGUGUUCAGCUAUUGAGAGUAUUGAUAGACUUAGUUUUGGAAUCUGUUACCAUUCGUCAAUGCUUGGAAGACGCAGUUGGCGAUUUGCAUGACUUAAAGAGAUCGUGGCGAGUAGAAAAAGCUGACGUAAUGAAAAAGAUAAAGGAGAACAAAUCUGUUAACAAUCUUGCUGAUUCGACUGAAAGUCAAAUGAAUGAAAGUAGUACUCCUGAGUCCACCGACGAUAAAGAAAAUCAGAUGACAGAAAAUGAGAGUAAGCCUGUUUCGGUAGUGGAUCGCGCAUUUGAAGAACAACAACUGAAAAGAAAAGAAACUCGGUUUCUCAAUGCUACAUCAAUUCAAGUAUCUUUUCUUCGUCACCCCUUUAUUGGGCGAGACAGCAGUAAUAGAAGAUACUGGGGUUUUGAUGGUAGCUUUCCGAUCGGUAAGCUGUAUGUCGAAGACGAGAAUGGUCAAUGGAUGUACUACUGCACGCCUAAAGAGUUGGAAACGUUAAUAAUGCACCUAAAAAGUAAAGGUCUAAAGAAUGAAAAUGAAAAGGAAUUGUAUAAUAAUUUAAUUCGUGAUAAAGAUAAUCUAUCAGCAAUUAUGCAGAAGCAAAUUGACGAUAUCAGAAAGUUAACGGAAUGCAGACAUAGCGCUCGAUUACAAUCUAUUCUUCGCGAGAAGCCUUACUUGGGCUAUGAAAACAAAUAUGCAAAUCAAUAA